AUGGGCUCGAAGAAACACAAGAAACAUAAAUCGGAACGCAAGGAACGUGAAAGUGGUAAAGAAAAAUCGUUCAGUCUUGAUCGGCCACCCAGCCUUAAACUCAUACUGAAAGUGAGUGGCAACAGUUCAACGCCCGAGCAUGGGAAUGAUUCGCCUGCGUACGGUAUCCAGUCAGAUGGGGGAAGUACCCUUUUCACCAGUACCAGCGGUGACUAUCCGGAGCGACAUAAAAAAUCGAAAAAGAAGAAAAAGAAGAAGGAUCGUGAAAAGAAACACAAACAUCACCACAAGGAGAAGCGUCACAGGCACCGAGGAGAUGAUACCAGUCACGGUGAGGAGGAUGAAGAAGAGGAAGAUUUUAACAGCUACGGCGACGAGAGUUCCCAGGCGACGGUUGAUCCGGUGUCUAGCGUGCACUAUCCGGCAGCUAGUUCGGUUGCGGCUGCCGCGGUUGCUGCCGUGGCCAGUUCAUCGCUGGCGGCUCAACCAGUGACGAAACCGCUGCUCCCGGAAGCACUGCUAAUUCCGAAGCUUGAAUCGGACUUAGAACGGGAAUCCAUUCCCGAGUCUGCAGGGGAGCACGAUGGAGUGAUGCUGGGUGGUGGACUUGUGCCUAAGGAAGAGCUUACUACAGCACCAAGCUCAGUGACGACCGAUGAGCCACUGCAAAGCCCUGGCUCAAUGCAGUCCUCUUCGAGACCGGGCAGCAAGAUUGAUUUCCAUGAUACCAGCUCGAGUCAGGCUCCGAAAACCCCCAACUCGGAUUGUAGCGGCCGUGAGCCGCGGAGUUGCGUGCUGAAGCAAAAACAGAGUCGCUCGCCACUGAACAAACUGCUUGACCAUCUUCUGAAAGCGUUGGAGAAGCGUGAUCCGCAUCAGUUCUUUGCGUGGCCCGUUACCGAUGAUAUAGCACCGGGAUAUUCGUCAAUCAUUCUCAAACCGAUGGACUUUUCCACCAUACGGCAGAAGAUCGAGGACAACGAGUACGGUUCGGUGUCGGAGUUUAGCGACGACUUCAAGCUAAUGUGCGAGAACGCGAUCAAGUACAAUCAUUCGGAGACAGUUUAUCAUAAAGCGGCCAAGAAGCUGUUGCACGUUGGUGCCCGUUUGCUGCAGACGGACAAUCUGAUGCGCUCGUUACGCCCGCUGAUGACGUACAUGCGCGAGCUGACGGCAAAGGAGCUCGGCUUCGAACCACCGAUCGGAUCGGCUGAUGGAACGGACAGCGAUUUCCAUCAUCAACACCACACGGCGGAUUCGGCCGAUGAGGCGAUGGCGGCCGCAGUUGACGAAGGCAUUAAUGCGCAGAUUGAGGAAGAGGAAAAGCGAAAACAGAUUCGAUUGGAUAACAAUCCUCAUACCAAAUUCGAAUCGUUCGUUGACGAUUUCACGCCGGACGAAGUGUUGGCGCAGGUCAAGAGUGCGGCACUGAACGCUAGGACGAAGCUACUGAAGCGAAAGUCAGCGCAUAAGCUAGGAUUUCUGCGACAGCACAAGGACGGUACGACGUCGAUGAAGAUUUUGCUCGACACCAAAUCGGAAGGUGGUGAAGGAGGUCCGGAACGGACGGUGACGCUCGGGGCGCACACGGGCAAGCUGCAGUACGGCACAGGACAGCUGCAGGGCUUCCGGGAGGAUCGUCGCAAUAGUGCAAAAAUCGUCAAACCGCUCAGUUACGGUGCGUUUAGUUCAUUUGCUCCCGUCUUCGAUUCCCGGUUUGCCAAUCUCAGUAAGGAGGAAACAGAAAUGGUGCUGAAUACGUACGGUUGUGAGACUGGUGCCGAUUACGCGGAGAGUAUUUUGCGCUUCGCAAUGGACAGUCCUUUUGCGGCUGGGAUGGCGCACAAUUUGUUGGACGUGCUAACGAACGGUGAACAUCGUCAAUCGUACGGAAAGCUUUACGAAUCGCACAUGCAGCGCGAAGAGCGUGACGCAGUUCGGCAUACAUUUCUCGAUCCGGUUGAGGUGGCCGAAGAGGUGAAGCGAUACGCGAACGUACGGAUCGAUUUCGACAGUUUGCGGUCUCUGUCAAAUCUUGGUGUUGAUAUGCAGUUCCUGGACGAACUCGAGUGUCAGUUGAAGGGUGCCGAAAUUGGUCCGCAGUUACAGCAAUCGCUGAGCAAUAAUUCGGAUCUGUUGCAGAAAUUGCAUCAGUUGCAGACGGAUCGGUUGUCGGCCCCAUUGCCGGCACAUCUAUCCCACAUUCAGCAUCCGUCAGAGGGUGAACUGGAACUGGCGGGCCAGAUUACGAGCAAUUUGACGCAAAUCGCCAAACAGCUUCCACCAGCAGCCAUCGCAAAUCCUCAGUCAUUGAGAAAAGCGAUGGGAAUAAGCACAGAUAUAUUUCAAGCACCGUCAGGAGGAAUCCCGCCAUCAGUACCUGCACAAACGCUUCAAGCACCACAGCAACAGCAACAAAACGAAAACGGGACGACCUCUCACCCGACCGGUAGCAGUAUUUCGAACGCAAGCCAAGCACCCACACCGACUGUUGACAUUGACACCACGCCGAUGGAUAUGGAUCUCGAACCGGAGCCCAUCUCUCACCAUCACCAUCAGCAUCAUCCACAUCCGCACCAUCUCGUCCGGCAACCUUCCACCCAGCAGCAGUCGAUUAUUCAACCGAACCCGGUUGUUUCAGCCACUCCAUCGGUCGAUAUCGAUAGUGAACUGCGUGAAUUUCUGGGAGGAUCCACCCUAAACCAAGCCGGCCCCAGCAGUAGUACACCGGAUGGCACGGAAUCAUCCGACGCGGCUUGCAUCGAGCAAAUGUUGAUGGAUUAA